AUGUCUGAUAGCAACAGCAGCCCUCUCCUGCCAGAGCCUCUUGCCAGCAGAUACAAACUGUACGAGUCAGAACUAAGCAGCCCUACCUGGCCUUCAAGCUCCCAGGAUACGCACCCAGCCCUUCCUCUCCUGGAAAUGCCUGAAGAAAAGGAUCUCCGAUCAUCUGAUGAAGACAGCCACAUAGUGAAAAUUGAAAAACCCAAUGAGAGGAACAAGAGGAGAGGAAGUGAGGUGCCCCGCAGGGCCUCUGCAGGCCGGGGAGGCUUCAGCCUCUUCCAAGCUCUGGGCUACCUCACUGGGGACAUGAAGGAAUGCAAGAACUGGCUGAAAGAUAAGCCCCUGGUCCUCCAGUUCCUAGACUGGGUCCUGCGGGGAACAGCUCAAGUGGUAUUUGUCAACAACCCCCUUAGUGGGCUCAUCAUCUUCAUAGGGCUCCUGAUCCAGAAUCCCUGGUGGACAAUUACUGGAGCAUUGGGGACAGUGGUUUCGACCUUAGCUGCCCUUGCCUUAAGCCAGGACAGGGCAGCCAUCGCCUCUGGACUCCACGGCUACAAUGGGAUGCUGGUGGGACUGCUGAUGGCCGUGUUCUCGGAGAAGUUAGACUAUUACUGGUGGCUUCUGUUUCCUGUGACCUUCACCUCCAUGGCCUGCCCAGUUAUUUCUAGCGCUUUGAAUAGCAUAUUCGCCAAGUGGGAUCUGCCAGUCUUCACCCUGCCCUUCAAUAUUGCCCUAACCCUGUACCUGGCAGCCACAGGCCACUACAACCUCUUCUUCCCCAUGACCCUUAUCGAGCCUGUGUCUUCGGCUCCCAAUAUCACCUGGACAGAGAUUGAAAUGCCUUUGGGAAAGAGAGUCAAUCUCGCUUUCAAAGGGCCUCUACUUGGCAGAUUGGACAUGGCCGUGGGUGGCAGUGGAGAGCAGUCACGCGGAGCAGGCCAGUGGAAGGCAGAGGAGGGCUCUGAGACUGUGCUCCCAAGACGGAGAAGCGUGUUCCACAUCGAGUGGUCAUCCAUCCGGAGGAGAAGCAAAGUGUUUGGAAAAGGUGACCACCAAGAUAAACAAACCAAAGAGCCACUCCCCUACCCAUAUCGGAAGCCCACAGUGGAACUGUUUGAUCUGGACACCAUGGAGGGAAGCUCUGAGAUAAAGGCGGAAGCCACCACGGCCAGGACUUCCUGGAUUCAGAGCUCCAUGGCCGCCGGGGGGAAGAGACUCAGCAAAGCCUUGAGUUACAUCACAGGAGAGAUGAAGGAGUGUGGGGAGGGACUGAAAGACAAAUCUCCAGUGUUCCAGUUCCUUGACUGGGUGCUCCGAGGCAUGUCCCAGGUGAUGUUUGUGAACAACCCUCUCAGUGGCAUCCUCAUCGCCCUUGGCCUCUUCGUGCAGAAUCCCUGGUGGGCCAUCUUGGGUUGCCUGGGCACGAUUGUGUCCACCUUGACUGCCCUCAUCCUGAGCCAGGAUAAGUCAGCCAUUGCGGCGGGACUCCACGGCUACAAUGGGGUGCUUGUGGGGCUCCUGAUGGCCGUGUUCUCAGACAAGGGCAACUAUUACUGGUGGCUGAUACUCCCUGUCAUUGUCAUGUCCAUGACUUGUCCCGUCCUUUCCAGUGCCCUGAGCACCAUCUUCAGCAAGUGGGACCUCCCCGUCUUCACCCUGCCCUUCAACAUUGCCGUGACCCUGUACCUGGCAGCCACAGGCCACUACAACCUCUUCUUCCCCACGACGCUGCUGCAGCCUGCAACCGCCACACCCAACAUCACCUGGUCAAACGUCCAAGUGCCUUUGCUCCUGAGAGCCAUCCCAGUUGGAAUCGGCCAAGUGUACGGCUGCGACAACCCCUGGACUGGAGGCAUCUUCCUCAUAGCUCUGUUCAUAUCUUCCCCCCUCAUCUGCUUGCACGCAGCCAUUGGAUCCACCAUCGGGAUGCUGGCAGCACUCAGCAUUGCCACGCCAUUUGACUCCAUCUACUUUGGCCUGUGUGGCUUCAACAGCACUCUGGCCUGCAUCGCCAUCGGAGGCAUGUUCUACGUCAUCACCUGGCAGACCCACCUGCUCGCCAUUGCCUGUGCACUGUUUGCAGCCUACCUUGGUGCCGCCCUGGCUAACAUGCUGUCCGUGUUUGGAUUACCACCCUGCACCUGGCCCUUCUGCCUCUCAGCGCUCACCUUUCUUCUUUUGACAACCAACAACCCUGGCAUCUACAAGCUCCCACUCAGCAAAGUCACCUACCCAGAGGCCAACCGCAUCUACUUCCUGUCCCAGGAGAAAAACAGAAGGGCAUCGACAAUAACGAAGUACCAGGCCUACGAUGUCUCCUAA